AAGGACCAAUUAGAAAUGGUCUAGGGGCAGGACGAUAUGUUCUCAAGGAUGGUUGACCGGAACUUGGUGUACGUGCCGUUUAAUGCCACAAUGUAUCGCAGAAGACUGCCUAGAGGGCAUCAAAUGUAGCAAUAACGAAGUUUUUAGACAAUCUGGUAUAGCACCGGCUAGCAAGAAGGAGCACGGCCUGAUGACAUCGCCGGCUGUUCGUUUUGAUUGAAUUUCCCCCGAUUUAUUCCCAUCACUACAUCCAUGCAGUUUUACUGGAGGCAUCAUCAGUGAAAACAACAUUCAAUUAUGAGGCUGUUUCGACUUCUCCUGAAAAACAGCACUCCGAAGCAGAUAGAAUAUUAUUCAAGAUUUUCCCCCUCUCCGCUGUCCAUAAAGCAAUUCCUGGAUUUCGGCCGGGACAAUGCCUGCGAGAAGACGUCCUACAUGUUCCUGCGGAAGGAGCUGCCCGUGCGGCUGGCCAACACCAUGAGGGAGGUCAACCUGCUGCCGGACAACCUGCUGAGCCAGCCCUCCGUCCGGCUGGUGCAGACCUGGUACAUGCAGAGCUUUUUGGAGCUUCUGCAGUAUGAGAACAAGAGGCCGGAGGACCCCCAUGUGCUGGAUGAUUUCCUGGACGUCCUGAUUAAGAUCCGGAACCGACACAACGACGUGGUCCCUACGAUGGCCCAGGGAGUGAUUGAAUACAAGGAGAAGUAUGGAUUUGACCCCUUCAUAAGCAGCAACAUUCAGUACUUUCUGGAUCGCUUCUACACCAACCGGAUCUCCUUCAGGAUGCUCAUCAACCAGCACACUCUCCUGUUUGGUAAUGACACAAACCCAGCUCACCCCAAGCACAUAGGGAGCAUUGAUCCCACCUGCAACGUUGCAGAGGUUGUGAAAGAUGCGUACGAGACCGCCAAGAUGCUUUGUGAGCAGUACUACAUGGUCGCUCCCGAGUUAAAGAUUGAAGAAUUCAAUGCAAAGGCCCCCCAAAAGCCCAUCCAAGUAGUGUACGUGCCCUCCCAUCUCUUCCACAUGCUGUUUGAGCUGUUCAAGAACUCGAUGCGCGCCACAGUGGAGCUCCAUGAGGGCAAGAAGGAAGGCUGCCCUCCCAUCAAGACUCUGGUCACCCUGGGAAUGGAGGAUCUGUCUAUUAAGAUCUCGGACAAGGGCGGGGGAGUUCCUCUGAGGAAGAUCGACCGGCUGUUUAACUACAUGUACUCCACCGCGCCCAGACCCAGCCUGGAGCCGUCCCGGGCCGCCCCGCUGGCGGGCUUUGGGUACGGACUGCCGAUUUCCAAGCUGUAUGCGCGAUACUUCCAGGGUGACCUGAAGCUCUACUCGAUGGAGGGUGUGGGCACGGACGCUGUGAUCUACCUGAAGGCCCUGUCCAGCGAGUCCUUUGAGCGGCUCCCUGUGUUCAACAAGUCGGCAUGGCGGCACUACCAGACCGGCCCCGAGGCGGACGACUGGAGCAACCCGAGCAGCGAGCCCCGUGACGCCUCCAAGUACAAGGCCAACAGAUAACUCCUCCGCCACGCCCCCCGCGCCCCCGCACACCUGACAUGACGUUCCUAUCUCCAGCAGCGUCCAGCGUCCUUCACUCCUUGACAUUUCCAUCGUGAGAGCUGGUGGUCGGCAGCCGCAGGGCAGCGCGAGGCAGAGUGUCCUGGCUGGUGCUCAGGCGGAGCUCCUCCAGGGCCUCUCCGCCCGGCUGAGCGCUGCUCCUCCACUGCAGGAGCGUGACACAGUGUCUCCGUUUGUAGCGACCUCUCUCGUUUGCAGUGGGUUAGAAAAAGUACACUUGUUUUGUAAUGUGACAAAAUAGCGGCCCUUGCUGAAACUUUACACAUAGAUCUCUCUCUGUAGUGGUGUUUGUUACCUUUCCAAACCGAAUGAGAAAGUGCUGAGAUGCUGCAGGAGGUGAUGAUUCCUCUCGGAAGAGUUUGUCUCUGUCCUGUGUCGUCACGAGCCGUUCUGUCUCUGAAGCUGGCCAAGAGGCAACACGGUAUAGAAAGGUUUCAGAUUCUUUCCUAGAAAAACUCAUUUGCUGUUGAACGGGGGAAAAAAAGCACCUUAUGUUCGUUUUACGGAACAAUUUUAAUGAAUAAGAAAAAAUUGCACAGCUGUGUAUGCAAAUCACUAUUUUACAUAAAUAAUAUAUAUUGUUGGAAGUUAUAUUGAGGAUGAGAGUUUCAUAACAGAAGAUGUUUGAAACUUUAGUUGCACUGAUUUUAACUGUUGAUGUUUGGGGCAUUUUAAAGAAUGUUAUACAGUAGGUCUUCGUUAUUAUGUUUUUUAAGACCGCAAAAAGCCUAGCUGGCUGUUUCACUGCUGAUGUGAGGAUGGGACCAGUCCUGUUCCAUUGGCCUGCACUGCAGCUGUUCUUAGCAAUCGUUGCACCUUAUUUGAGCUCAGGGGAAGGGCGCAUACAGGAAGAACAGAGGACGAGUGUGCAGCAGUCGCAGAACAGUCUUCCUCUCUCCCUAUUGGCAUUCUGUAAGUUAAGUUCCUGCUGCUUCCGCUUUUGUUUAAAAACAAAAGAGCUGUUCUGCAUUCCUGCUCCCCACUGCGUCUCUCCUCAUAUCUGGAGCACACCUGGAUGCAGACCAGCCCAAGGUGUGUGCGCUCAGGAGAGUGGUGAUGCCAACGUUCGCAAGAAUGCGGCUGAAAUGGGAAUUUUGACUCGUGAAAGGCAGAGCUCGCUUUGAGACGGUCAUGAUGUGUGUCGCACACAUGGAGUGGGCCAGCAAUGCUGGAAAGUUGUUUAGGCAAAGGUAGAGACCAAGUAGCUACAUCAAGGCCCAGAGGAGAAUAUAUUUCAGGCUACAGCUGGGGUUGUUUCUCUGUAAGUUGUUCAGGUGUUCACGUGAGACAGUGGGCCAGUGUAGAAUACCACAGUGUGUAUAGAGUCCACUGGGCCAGUGUAGAAUACCACAGAGUGUGUAUACAGUCCACUGGGCCAGUGUAGAAUACCACAGUGUGUAUAGACUUCACUGGGCCAGUGUAGAAUACUGCAGAAUCUGUUUGUAAAUCACUCCGCAGUCUCUCAUGCAUCAGAGUUGUUCCUUAAUUGUAUGAAACUUUAUUACGAGCUAGUGAAUAAUUAUAUAUGAACAACGAGCAUUUGCUUUAUUUAAAUUAUGCAUUCAUUACUGUGUGACUAUAUGACCACUGUCAUUGGUUAACAAUUGCAGCGAGUUGUCUGUGUUUUUAGUACGAAGCUCAUGUUACGAGAGCAGAGAUCGUCUCAGGAUGACUCCCUGAGGCUCCACAGUGGAUUACUCUAAAGAAAGACCCAGAAUGGGAAAGAUGAUCAUUUGGUUUGGGUGUUUUACUGCUUUUCUUUUGCCUUUUAUUUGUAGUUUUUUAAGACCUAGAUUGUAAAACCAGGUUUUUAUUAUUGGUGUUUUAAACUGGGGCAGCUGACAGUUGUACUACCAGUGCAGUUAUUCUGCAUUUUACCACUUCAAUAGUGUUUGUGCAGGUCGUGAACAUUUUUAUUGUUGUCAGAUUGACUUGAUAUGGAAAUCUUACUGGGAAAUGAUAUUGUGUAAUUUAUAGAAAUUUGAUUAAUGAAAUGUUUUCUGCCUUGUUGUUAGGCUCAGUUGCUGAACUUGGUUUCCUGUUUUCCUGGUUUCCUGCUUAUUAGCACAACAGAAAAUAAGUAAGAGAGCCUUGUACCUUCAUUAUUAUCCUUAUAUUUUUAAUUAUUUUCUGCUUUUGUUUUUUAAUUAAGAUUUAUAGAAAAGUAGUGGGUAUCAUGGGAAAAUGCUGUGUUAAUUCUUAUUGGGCAUCAAUUGAAAUGCAGGUUAUUUCUUAAAUGCAAAAAUUGAAUUAUUAAACCUUUGCAUCUUUGCAAUUGUGCACACAUUAUUUUAGUCUGCUGGCAUAAACUUUGCUGUUGUUCAAUCAUGUCUGUGUUAUUGUUGCACCAGUAAAGUUGCAUCCAUUUUAUCUUUCUGUUGCUUGUGAGGCGUCAUCAGCAUAGCAGUGCAGUUAGAUCUGAGAAAGUUAUUGACCACAGAUUCCAUAACAUGGAAAAUGUAUGCAGCAAUGAAAGAAGCGACUUGGGUAAAGACCUCUCCAGCUUGGUUUUGUGCUCAGUUUUGUAACUGGUGCCUUUUUAAUUUGGUUAGUGCAGGUUGUGGAACAUUUGUAGUCAUCGCCACUUUUCUGCAGGAGAAACAAUGUGGUGGAGAGUUGUAAGAGUGCAAACACAGGUUACUACGAGUUUCUUACAUGUCACCACAUAGCAGGUCAAGUGCUUGUGCAGUGUUGUUCACACAGUGGCACCAUUUUCACUCCUCUGGGCAGGAUGCAUCACAAUUCCAAACACGAAAGCAAGAUAAUACUUUUUACAGAGGAAGCGGGCAAAUUUUCAAAUCAAUAAGCUACUCAUUGAAUCCCACCCUGGUGUAAGAGAGAUGCAAAAACAAGUUUUGUUAUUUUUUCAAGGAAGUUCAGAACUAGCUGUGUGCAAGGCUGUAGUUCUCAGCUUGGCCAACCCGGCUCAUUGGUGCUUCACAGCAGCCCCUCAGACUUCAGGAGAUGAAAAGAUCAGUGUUGGAAAGGCUGUGCGUGGGCUCUCGCACAGCAGAGAGCCUGGUGUCAGUCAAGAGAGGGUCUUCUCUCCCAGGGCUGCUGAGAGGCUGAAGUCUUUGGCUGAAUGUUAUGAGAAACAAUGCUGCGAUCUGGUGAGCCGGGGGGGAUGGUCUGGGAUUGACGUGUCCUGUACAGACAGGGAGCCCUGGAGAACGGCUUUCCUCUUGUCUGGCUGCUGCCUUCUUCCUGGAGGAGAAAUGCUCAGGAUCGUGUUCACAGAUGACGAGGAUGUGUUCAGGCGGCUUUGAUCAUUGUCACUCUGUUAGGGCAGUGCGGUAACAUACAACACGUGCAGUCUGUAUCAGCAGAGGAUGACAGUCUAUUUUUAUUGAUUACCGAUUUGCCAAAAAGGUUGUAGACAUGUUGCUACUGGUUUGGCCGAAAGAACAUGUUCACUGUGUUUUGGGACAAUAAAAAUGUAACAUUUCAAACAUGA